AGGAACCAACCAUAAUUAUACACAUUUUGCUUUUAUUUUUUAUUUCUUGCUUGACCAGCAAUCCACCGCAAAAAGGAAACAGAGAAAAGAGGAAAAAGAAUACUCUUAAAAGUUUCUAUCUUUUAGCUCAUCUCAAAUUUGCUCCAAAAAACCAACAAAAGAAAAAGAAUCUGAUCAAAUCAUGUAGUCUUCUUUAAUCUUGAUCCGAAUAAAAAGAGGGUUUUACUGGGUUUUGUUAAUUAUCUACUGGGUGUAUUUUAGAUUUCUGAAAAGAGAGUUUCUUUUUUUUUUCCUUUGUUGUUAGUAUCUUAAAGUCGGUUAUAUAGCAGUGAGUGAGAGACUGACCGAUGACGGUGGCUUCUGAAUCUUGUUUGGGUGGUGUUGAUGUCGGUGAUGAUAAGGCAUGGCCACCUGGGUUUAGGUUUCACCCAACUGAUGAGGAGUUGGUUUUGUAUUACUUAAAGAGGAAAAUCUGCAGGAGAAGGUUAAGGCUUGAUAUCAUUAGGGAACUUGAUGUUUACAAGUGGGAUCCUGAGGAAUUACCUGGGCAAUCCAUAUUGAAGACUGGAGAUAGGCAAUGGUUCUUCUUCAGUCCAAGGGAUAGGAAGUAUCCUAAUGGAGCAAGAUCAAACAGGGCAACUAGACAAGGAUAUUGGAAAGCAACAGGAAAGGACCGUAACAUAACAUGCAAUUCUCGGACUGCUGGAGUGAAGAAAACCUUAGUUUUUUAUAGAGGUCGUGCUCCUAAUGGUGAGCGAACCGACUGGGUGAUGCAUGAAUACACUUUGGAUGAAGAUGAGCUCAAGAGAUGCCCAAAUGUAAAGGAUUACUAUGCACUAUAUAAGGUUUACAAGAAAAGUGGUCCUGGUCCUAAGAAUGGUGAACAAUAUGGAGCUCCAUUUAAGGAAGAAGACUGGGCUGAUGAUGAAUGUGCGGACAUGAAUAAUUUUGUUACUCCUGUUAAGCAGCCUAAUGUGGUCAUGCCUCCUGUUGAUAAUAAUAAGUCUAGUGCUCAAGUGGAGCUACCAUUAAAUGAUCUUGAGAACUUCAUGAAACAAAUUGCUGAUGAAGAUCCACUUGACCCGCCAUUAAUAGCAGAUUUUACCAGUAACCUACAACAGGUUAUUGGCGAUGAAGAGACUCGAAGUACAUUGGUGGAUCCACCCAGCAGAGAAGUCACUUUGUUUGAACCAAUUUCAGUAUCGCCUACAAGUUGUGAGCAGUAUGAUUUGCAGGCCAGCCUGGACUUCAACCAAUCUGCUACCUCUAAAUUGCAUUCACUAGAGGCACCUGAAGUCUCAUCUUUUCCUGAUAACUCUGUACGAGUGCACCAGUUCAGUGAAGAUGAUUUCCUUGAAAUUGAUGAUCUCAUGGGUCCAGAACCUACUUUAUACAAGACUGAAAAACAUACAGAGAAUUUGGAGUUUGAUGAUUUUAAUGGACUGUGCGAGCUUGAUUUGUACCAUGAUGCUGCCAUGUUUUUGCGCGAAAUGGGGCCUAUUGAGCAGGGAACUGUUUCACAUGUAAAUGAAAAUGGUUUCCACUUACAGCCACAUUCAAUGGCAAAUCAGGUGGACUAUCAGCUACAGCCACAUCCAAUGGCAAAUCAGGUGGACUAUCAGCUACAGCCACAUUCAACAUCAAAUCACGUGGACUACCAGCUACAGCGACAUUCGGAAUUAAACAAUAUAGAUUAUUUGCAGGCACAAGCAUUUGGUGCAGAUCAGCUCUGGCUAGAUGAUCCAAGGAGCAAUAAUGUCUUUACUACUACUGAACCAACUCAGGGAACUCUUUCACAAUCAGCUCCAGGUGUGAAGUCUGAAACUGUCGACGAUGCAUCUGGAGCUAGUCAAAAGCAAAGUGGUGAAGAGCUAGGUGGCACAACUGGUUGGAUAUCCUCUGCCUUGUGGGGCUUUUUGGAGUCAAUACCCACUACUCCUGCAUCAGCUUCCGAAAGUCCUCUAGUGAAUAAGGCUUUUGAGAGAAUGUCUAGCUUCAGCAGGAUGAAAAUGAAUGUCAAAAUUAGCAAUAUCAGUGCUCAUAAUAUUAAUACCUCUAAUCAUACUGCAAAUGCAAGUAGAGCUGGUGGAAGUGGAAAUAGGGGUUUAAUUUUAUUAUCUAUUCUUGGAGCAUUAUGCGCUGUCUUAUGGGUCCUGGUUGGAGCAGUAAGGGUACUGGGAAGAGCUAUCUCUUCAUGAAACUAUUAUUGUAUAUUGGGAAGUUUUGAUGUUAAAUAUUUUCUGGGGCGCUAGGGGGAAUUGGCAGUUAAUGAUAGCUAAACCCAUUGCUCAGUUUUAAGUGCUAAUCUAAUUUUCUAAUGUGAAUUUUUUUAAUGUAAAGAUGAUGUUUUUGUUAGUAAGGGGAAAAGUGCCUUAACACUGCCAUAGGAGGCUACCCUCUCUUAUCAGUUAUCAUAUAUAAAUAUCUCGUCUGAUACACAAUUUCUUAUUA